AGAGAGAGAGAGAAAGAUUGUGCAUGCAAUGGAUCAUCAGAGAGAUGAAAAGGCUGGCAGCAUAUGCAUGGAGCAAGAGCAGCAGCAGCAGAUAGAGAUGGUGGGGAAGGCGUUUGUCGAGCACUACUGCCGGGUCUUCGACACGGACCGUGCCGCGCUGGCCGCGCUCUACGACCGCGGCUCCCUGCUCUCCUUCGAGGGGCAGAAGGUCGUCGGGGCCGACGAGAUCGCGCGGAAGCUGGCGCAGCUGCCGUUCGGCCAAUGCAAGCAUGCCGUCUCCACUGUCGACUGCCAGCCGUCGCCGGUCGCCGGCGGCAUUCUUGUCUUCGUCAGCGGCAGCAUUCAGCUUCCGGGAGAGGAACACCACCUCAAGUUCAGCCAGAUGUUUCACUUGGUUCCGACGCAGCACGGGAGCUUCUUUGUGCAAAAUGACAUUUUCCGGCUCAACUACGGAUGAUAUGGAUCACUUAAUAGCUUCUUAAUUAACAAUAAUAAUACGGGUAAUUAUUAUGAGGGAGCUUUAAUUUUCGUGCUGUAAGAUUAAGGGGGUUUGGGGAUUUUUCCAUUUUCUUUACUAUUAUUAUUAUUCUCCCUUACAUCUUUGAUUAUUUGUUGAAAUUAGUAAAGCUUCAAAAUUAAUGUGUUGUUGUACCCAAAACAAAAGGAAAGGAGAGAGAGAGAGAGAGAGAGAGAGAUUGUGUUGUUGUGAUUUGUGUUAGCUUGUUUUGUCAAAUUUCAUAAAAUAACUGUAAUUUUUAAAAUAUUUUUAACAUUCUCA